CGCUGAAUACGUUUUUGUAUUCAAAGUUAGGGAACGAAUUCGCCGGAAAAACACCCGUUCUAGGGGCUGUUUUCGUAUCGACAUUUACGGGUUGAGCUAGCACUUUGAGGAGGCUGUUUAACACUCAUAUUUAAGCAAGGAAUCAGUUCAUAAUCCACCUUUACCGGAGCUUUGACCAUUGGAUCAAGAAGGAAAAGUUUAAAGCUCAAUUAAGGUUGAGGCUCGAGCUUGUUACCUGUGCCCGUUGCUCGGGUGAUCCUUUGGAGAGAAGACGUGGUUCGUGCUUUCUCCAUUCUGUUUUGAACAAUAUUAAACAUGCUCAUGGAUAUUUUACUAUAGAGCCUGCGUGCUCAUGAAUAGCCCUGUGUGGCCCUUUUGUUUUAAACAAUGUUUUCCGCUGCGUUAUGAAUUACUUAUUAUGUUUGUUUAUGGAUGUUAUGUGUGUGAAUGAUAUUCAAGACGCCUUGUAUAAUAUGAAUGUGUUGGACUGCGGUUGACUAUUCGUAUUGUACGGCGGGUUGUUGACGUGUCCGGGGAGGUCCGAGGCGUGACAACUAUAGCGUUGCUAACGGUCCCUGAUUGCAGCAACUACGCGCCACGAUUACGGAGUGCAGGCUGAGUAAAACCAUGAGUGUGGACACCUAUUACACAACACUCAUGGGGCUAUUUGAUGAACUUUAUCGGCUGAAACCGCUACACGUUUGCUCGUGUGGGCAGUCCACAUGUGACAUUGUUGGGAAAUUCGCAGCCGAUCGAGAAGAAGAAAAAUUACAUCAAUUCCUUGUUGGGAUUGAUGAUGAUGCUUACGGAACAGUAAGGUCCAACCUCCUGUCUCAAACUCCGUUUCCAGACCUGGGAUGUGCGCAUCAGGCCUUCUUGCAGGAAGAGAAUUCAAGGGCGAUUGCAUGUGGGAAGACUGUAGCAGCGGCUGAAGUUCAGGCGUUUGCACUGAAAGCUGACCGCACUGCCAGAACUCGGGAUGACAAGGUAGAACGUGUACGACCGGUUUGUACACACUGCCGGCAGAAAGGGCACGAGAUAUCGACGUGCUUUAAACUCCACGGGUAUCCAGAGUGGUGGGAGGAAUGCCAACGUGCUAAGGGGCAGACCGGAGGUUGAGAGGGACAAUCUGCCCGACGGGGAGGUGUACGCACGCAUGCCGUAGCAGCCUUUCCUUCACCUGAUGGUGGUAGUUCCUCAGAUGUAAAACAGAGUGGGGGCUCUGGCAAUGAACCGAAUGGGGUGCCCUCUUUGAGUAAGAAGCAAAUCCAGGCUCUUCUGAACCUAAUUAAUAUUGAUUCACGUUCUUGUGAUCGCAUGUCGGGUAAGCUUUUAUCUCGUCUUGAUUGGAUCAUCGAUAUUGGAGCAUCUCAUCAUGUUACCGGCGAUUUUACAUGUCUUCUUCAUCCUAUGCAUAUACAUGCCUGCCCGGUUGGGCUGCCAGAUGGUAGGCAGGUUGCUGCCAAUUAUGAAGGGAGUGUACCCCUAUGUGACGGAAUUACUCUUGAAAAUGUGUUAUACGUGCCAGUAUUGAAUUGUAAUCUUAUCUCAGUUUCUCAGUUGACCGAUCAAUCUGCAUGUAUUAUCACUUUUACUAAUAAUUUUUGUGCUAUACAGGACCAACGUUCGAGGAGCCUGAUUGGAGCAGAUGAGAGGUGAGAUGGGCUGGACUACUUCCGAAGACUACCUGCUGUUCAUGCUGUUCGAAGAGGUGCUUUGACAGAGUUUGAUUUAUGGCAUCGGCGUUUGGUUCAUCCUUCUGACCGGGUGCUAAAGUUAUUACCUUGUUUUUCUAUUAGUAAUUUACCGAAGAAAUUAAAUAAGGCUUGUGAAGUUUGUCCAAGCAAGUUCGGGAUUCUUUUCCGCUUAGUAAUAAUAAAGUCAGUCGGAUUCUUGAAUUAAUUCACUAUGAUUUGUGGGGACCCUAUAAAACCCCAUCUACAUGUGAUGCAAUUUACUUUCUUACGCUUGUUGAUGAUUAUUCUCGGGC